GUAAACAACCUAAUCUUGCGCUCUCCUUCAGACAUUAUUCAAAUGUAAAGACCACGUGAGUUCCCCAUUAGCUCACGACAUUAUUUACAGAACAUGCUUUGUCACGUGGAAUCCGAGAAGCCACGUCCCUUUUACAAAAGAUCCAUACCGGUGGUGGGCUACACAGUCCGAAAACCGAAUAGAAAAACAACAGAAAACCGACAUAAUGGCACAACUCGCUGUCGCCCAUGCUGCCUCGCUCGAGCUCGAAGCAGGAGCCUCCAAAAUCCGAUCACGGAUCAGUCCGUGCAGACACCGCAAUCACUCGCUGGCCAACCGAAACCGCUCUCAUGAAUGCAGCCUCCCGCCACAUGGACCGAAAACACUAUCCAGAAAUGCCCCACCAUUAUAGCCCGUGAUGGUUCCAACCCACUCCGAGCACAUGGCUUGAAUCUUGAUGUUUUUGUCACCUUAUGCCAAUCUCAUCUUCCUCACUCUUCCUAUAUAUAUUGCUCGCGCCAUUCGUCGUCCCCGCAUCUCCACAGGGCUUCUCCUCCAGGAAAAGAUGAAACUUUACCGACCGCUUGCGCUAGCAUUAGCAUUCCUUGUCCUGAUCAGCGUUCCGUCGGGCACCACCGGGGCAUCCCCACUCCGACGAGGCUCCGACAGCGAGACCCUCCAUGGUGAGUCCCUCCAGCUCCAGUUCCUGUACGCCCACAACGCCGUGAGGGCGGCCAAGGGGGAGCCGCUGCUGACGUGGGACUCGCAGCUGGAGAGCUACGCGAGGUGGUGGGCGGGGCAGCGGAGGUCGGACUGCGCGCUGGAGCACUCGUUCGAUGAAGGCGACUUCAGGCUGGGGGAGAACAUAUUCUGGGGAGGCGGGUCGGGGUGGGGGCCGAGCGACGCCGUGAGCAUGUGGGCCGGCGAGGAGAGGUACUACCGGCACGGCAGCAACACGUGCGAGGGCGGGCACGAGUGCGGCCACUACACGCAGCUGGUGUGGAGGAGCACGAGGCUAGUCGGGUGCGCCAGGGUGGUGUGCGACGACGGCGAUGUGUUCAUGACUUGCAACUAUUAUCCGCCGGGGAACUAUGUCGGGGAACGGCCCUACUAAAAAUAUUGGGCCGACGGUCCACUCUCUUGUC